AUACAGAGUCUGAACACGUUGGAUUUAACACGUAUUUAAAAUAAGGAUAUAUAUAUAUACUACUUUUAGUAUUUUAAUUCAUUUGGAAGCAACAAUUUUUGUGAAGAUGACAUUCCCUGAAAAUUUUGGAUUAGAUAUGGAUGCUCAAAGGAAUGUAAACAACAUUGGAAUGGCCCUUAAAACGAUUCUGAUGAAGGCUAAAGAAGAUGGUAGAUUAGUCUGCGGGGUCUAUGAAUGUGCUCAGAUACUUCAAGAAGUACCAGACGACAUUGCAUUAUGUCUCUUGCCUGAAGUAGUUGACACAGAUGACGUCACAGCUAACAUACAGCAUAAACUAGUGGAAGCCUAUUGUUGGGAAAACGAAAUCGAAGUUGUAAAAGUUGACAACUUCCUAAAAGUGGGGAAGAUGGUUCGUACUGACAAAACAGAAGAGGAUAAUAAAGAUGUUGGUUGUGUACUCAUACAAAACACAAAGACAGACGAGAAAACAGAUGAGAGUGCCAAUGAUUUCAUCAAUAACUACUACUCCAUGUUGGCUAACCAGACACCAGUUGUAACACUGCCAGAUUGAGGGCACAUCAUAUCAUCAUGUGAUUUAGUACCAGGAAACCAAAACCUGGAAGUUAACCUUAACUGAUAAAACCAUCAUGGAACAAAUCAAAGGUCAAAAAGAGGCAACGAGAUAUCAACGCGACUUGCUGGAUUACCGUGCCGAACACCGAGAAGCAUGCGACGCACAGUAGAACCCUGUAAACUGUUGCUCAAUCCAAAUAUGGGAUCCUUUGUUCUUCCUGUCUUCAAUCAUGAACUUUGCAUUUCUUUGUAUUCAUGGAAAGUAGUAGAAAGUUCGAACAAGUGACAUAUGCAGUUACUAUUGCGUAAUAGUCAAGACAUUUAUAGAACAUUAGUUUAAAAAUAGACAUUGGAUUUUUAUUUCACAUGUUAUAUGUCAUAGUCAUGUGUUUAUAGAUACAUAAUAAAUAAUAAAAAAAGAA